AUGCGCUCAGCAGUCAGGAGCGCCGCCCUCGCCCGGCCCCAGCUCACCUCCCUCCUUACCCCAAGAACAACCGCCUUCCUCCCCUCAAUACGCUUCUCCUCCACAACCGCUGCCGCCGAGACGACAACGACUAGCUCACCAAAGACCACAGCGAGACCGUACGUCGUCAGCCUCACCCCCUCGAACCAAUUCCCCGUCUACGCGCGCACAAAGGCCGCCGGCUCGUCCAAAUUCACCAUUGUCAAGAAGAUUGAGGGAAACAAGAAGGCGUUUGCACAGGAUCUCGCCCGCGAGGCUGGCUUCGCCGAGGCAGAGGUCAAGCUGAACCCCAUCACAGGACACGUUCAGGUCAAGGGCUUCCACGUCGAAAAGGUCAAGGAGUGGUUGACCACCGCAUUGGGGAACCCUGCAAAGACGGCAUGA